AUGUGUUCGAAUGGCGUGUAUCAGUUAAAAAAAGUUUUAUUGAAAUACAGUGAAACAGGACACAGCAGCAGAAAUGUUCGAUUUUUUUUAAGAUUUAUUUUACCUGACUAUAAGGAGGAGAAUAAACAUUUAAAUUUCGAAAUUCAUCAUGAGCAGUAUGAAGAACCAGUUGCUAUAUUUGAAUACAUAAAUAACAGCAAAUAUGAAAUAUCUUUAAAAGAUGUAAAAUCUAAGCACCUCGUUGAUAUUAUUAACUUAUACAAAGAUAGUGCUGGGAAUACCGAUUUUUUAAAACAUGGAGGGCCUAAGGUUUAUUCAAAUAGAAGAAGUAUUCAAGGACUGUGGUGCCCAAGCAUAUACAGCGAGCUGAAUGCCAUUUCUUAUUUAAAAAAAAAAAAAAAAAAUAAUAUUAAACUACCAAAAUACACGAGAGAAAGCUUAAACUUAAAUCAUGAUGUCAUAAAAGGAAAUGGAAGAUGGGGAAAUGAACAUUUAUUUCCAAAAGGUUUUGACCAGAGGUAUUUAAAAAAUAUUUUUUGUUUUCCUUUUAAAGAUAGUGUACAAAAAAAAAGUGAGAAGCAUGGAACAUGUACAUCAAAUGAAGCGCAUAUAAGUUCGUUUUACAAAUUUUACAAAAGUUAG